GGGAGCGCCGGGCCGCAGCCUCGCGCCGCGCCGCAGCUUCGCGCCGCUCUCCUCAGGCUCCGUCCCGUCCCGCCGGGCCCCCGCCGCCAUGCGCCACAGCCUCACCCAGCUGCUGGCCGCCUCCUCCGGCGGAGCGAGCCCCUCGGGCGCCGUCUGGCCGCUAGCCGGCGCGGGGCAGGCCCCGAGAGGGCGGGAUGGCGGCGGGGAAGGGGAUCCGGGCCCCGCGCGGCCCAAACAACAGCAGCCGCCGCGGCGGGAGACGGGCGCCCUGGAGCCGCGGCGGCAGGAGAAGGAACCAGAGGCGCCCGGUGGCCCGCUGGAAGUGUGGGAGCAAGAGGACUGGUUCCCGGGGCUGGAGCUGGGAGACCUGCUGGAGGCGGCCCGGCCGGACUGGGAUCUGGACGCGGAGCUGAGCGGCUGCUUCUGUGGGGAACCGGAGCCGCUGCCCCCGCCGGGCCAGGGCCAGAGGCCGGCGGCGCCCGGGCGGAGGAACGGCGGGGCUGGCAGCCGGCUGAAGGCGGCGGCGGCGGCGCGGCUGAACCGGCUGAAGAAGAAGCAGUACGUGCUGGGGCUGGAGAGCCGCCUCCAGGGCCUGGCUGCUGAGAACCGGCAGCUGCGGGACCGCAACCGCGGCCUGAGCCGCCGCCUGCGAGAGCUGGAGCGGGAGAGCAGCUACCUGCGGGCCGUGCUGGCUAACCAGAGCGCUCUAGGGCAGCUCCUGAGCCGCUUAGCCGGGAUCCGCGCCGGCGGGCUGCAGCUCAGCACCAGCCUCUUCAGGGACACGGGCAGCCCCCGCCGCCAUCACCACCACCUCCAGCCUGCCGGCGAGAGCAGCGACCACGACUACGCCCUGCCCAGCUCCCGGCCUCCCAGCCUGGAGGAGGCGGCGGUGGUGACGGAGACGGAGGAGGAGUGGGCGGCCCCCGGCGGGAUCUGCCUCCACGUGGACCGGGAUCAGGUGUCGGUGGAGUUCUGCUCCAUCUGUGCUCGGCGAGCAGCGGCCUCCUUCAAAAUUUUCUCUUUUAGGUGCUUGCCCUGCCAGGCUCCGUUGUGUAGGGGUUAAAGAACAGUCGUUUUCCACCUCGCAACCUGUGGAUUCAGCUGUGUUGGGGCAGAAGAGACGGGACCAGCUGCUGGCCACAUUUCCUGCUUUAUUUUAAAAGGUAGUAUAAGAAAUGAGAGUAAAGAGGUAACAGGGCUUUUGCUGUCUUUGGUUAAAAAAAAAAAAAGAUUGAAUGCUGGGAUCAUUUGCUGUCAUCCAAGAUGUUUUUUUAAAAGACAAUAUCCUAUCAAACAGGUUUUACUCCAGUGUAUGCAGAAUUCCAUCUGUUCAGGGUGUAUUGCCAGCACAAAAGAGAUUUAGUGGGAUAUGUGUUACCUUACGCCUCUGUGGUGGCAUCAACGGGACUGUUCAGUUUCAGUCUUAAAUUGUGUAACCCUGCUUUAACUGAUGGGUUAUACCAGUGCCACAGGAGUCAGAGUUAACCAUCGAGACCUGUACUGACUGAUAACGCAAAAUGGAAAUAAUCGAGUUAUUCAAUCUAGGCUCAAUCUGGCUAGCUCAAACUUGAUGAACAUGCUGUAUUUUGAAGUUUAACAUGCUUGAUGAAAAGAGAAACACUAAUGUAGCGAGUAUGGGACGUUACAAUGGCAUUUUUACAGUUACUUCAGCAUAGAAGUGUUUUUUAAGUUAACUUAAAUAUGCAUUCUUUCUUUUUGCAUCACUGCUAACCGGUAGAGGUCAGGGAUGUAGUUCUGGUCUCUGUUGUGAACCUGCACAUCGCUCUAGUCAUGAAACUACCCAUGAGCUGUGUCUGAGAGUAGCUGAUUUUCUAACAUGCAAAAUGAUGUAUACCGGUACAAGAACAAGGUCAAGUCCCAAGAAAGUAAGUGGCUGCAGGCAUUUCUAGUGCCUACUGAAUCAUAUUUAAACCAAAUAGAGGGGAGGAAGUUAUUUGAAAUACUAACCGACUGUACUAUCUGUAUGGUGUAUUAUUAAUGUAGCUUUUUGAAGUGGAAGCCUUGAAAUGACAUAACUUAAUACUUGAAAAUAUAUUGUAAAUGUUUCUUUGUAAUUAUGUGCCAUCCAGAUAAGAAUACAAUAUCAUAAUAAAAUCAGACUUGUUGAUCUUUCA